AUGAAAGAUGGCGACCCAUCACAGGCAGAACGCUGCGGGCCGGAGGAAAGUGCAGGUAACACCGGCGGGGUUCGGAGUUUGGGUGCUGCUGAGACGGGUUUCUUAUGUAAUCAGAGAUGAGGUGGAGAAGCACAAUAGGAAUGGGGUGAACGCUCUUCAGCUGGAUCCGGCCCUGAACCGGCUCUUUACUGCUGGCAGGGAUUCCAUUAUCAGGAUAUGGAGCAUCAAUCAGCACAAACAGGAUCCCUACAUAGCGUCCAUGGAACAUCACACUGACUGGGUGAAUGAUAUAGUUCUCUGCUGUAAUGGGAAGACAUUGAUAUCAGCCUCGUCAGACACUACAGUUAAAGUCUGGAAUGCACAUAAAGGGUUCUGUAUGUCAACAUUAAGAACUCACAAGGACUACGUCAAAGCUUUGGCUUAUGCUAAAGACAAGGAGUUGGUGGCGUCUGCGGGGCUGGACAGACAGAUCUUCCUGUGGGAUGUAAAUACUCUAACAGCUCUGACUGCCUCCAAUAACACCGUCACCACUUCCUCUCUGAGUGGGAAUAAAGACUCUAUCUACAGCCUGGCCAUGAACCAGCUGGGGACCGUCAUCGUCUCAGGCUCAACAGAGAAGGUCUUGAGGGUUUGGGAUCCGCGGACAUGUGCCAAGUUAAUGAAGCUGAAAGGCCACACAGACAACGUGAAGUCUCUAUUAUUAAACAGAGACGGCACUCAGUGUUUGUCUGGUAGUUCGGAUGGUACGAUACGGCUGUGGUCUCUGGGCCAGCAGCGCUGUAUCGCCACGUACCGGGUCCAUGACGAGGGUGUGUGGGCCUUGCAGGCCAACGAGGCUUUCACACACAUCUACUCCGGCGGCCGGGACCGCAAGAUCUACUGCACUGACCUGCGCAACCCUGAUAUACGCGUGCUGAUCUGUGAGGAGAAAGCCCCUGUUCUCAGAAUGGAGCUGGACAGGUCAGCAGACCCCUCUCCUGCCAUUUGGGUGUCGACUACUAAAUCCUGUGUGAACAAAUGGUCUCUAAAGGGAAUGCAUAACUUCAGAGCGUCCGGUGAUUACGAUAACGACUGCAGCGCCCCUCUGACGCCGCUCUGCACUCAGCCUGAACACGCCAUUAAAGGUGGCGCCAGCAUAAUUCAGUGUCACAUCCUCAAUGACAAGAGGCACAUCCUUACCAAAGACACCAACAACAACGUGGCAUACUGGGAUGUUCUUAAAGCAUGUAAAGGGGAAGACCUCGGCAAAGUGGAAUUUGACGAGGAGAUAAAGAAGCGCUUCAAGAUGGUCUACGUUCCAAACUGGUUCUCUGUAGACCUGAAAACAGGGAUGCUGACCAUCACUUUAGAUGAGAGUGAUUGCUUUGCUGCCUGGGUGUCUGCCAAAGAUGCUGGUUUCACAAGCCCAGACGGCUCAGACCCAAAACUAAAUCUAGGUGGUCUGCUGCUGCAGGCUUUGCUGGAGGUCUGGCCUCGAACACAUAUCAACCCCAUGGAGGAAGAAGAGGGAGAGGUUAACCAUGUAAAUGGGGAGCAGGAGAGCAGGCUUCAGAAGGGCAAUGGCUAUUUCCAGGUGCCUCCACACACGCCGGUGAUCUUCGGGGAGGCAGGGGGACGGACAUUGUUCAGGUUAUUGUGUCGAGACUCUGGAGGAGAAACGGAGUCAAUGUUGCUGAAUGAAACCGUGCCACAGUGGGUUAUUGAUAUUACUGUAGAUAAAAACAUGCCCAAAUUCAACAAGAUCCCGUUCUAUCUCCAGCCUCACUCGUCCUCUGGGGCAAAAACACUCAAGAAGGACCGCCUGUCCGCCAGCGACAUGCUGCAGGUGAGGAAGGUGAUGGAGCAUGUCUACGAGAAGAUCAUCAACCUGGACACCGAGUCACAGACGACCAGCUCCUCCACCAACGAGAAACCUGGAGAGCAGGAGAAGGAGGAGGACGUGGCUAUGCUGGCUGAGGAGAAGAUCGAGCUCUUGUGCCAGGACCAGGUUUUGGAUCCCAACAUGGAUCUGAGGACAGUGAAGCAUUUUAUCUGGAAAAGUGGUGGAGACCUGACCCUUCACUACAGGCAGAAGUCCACGUGAGACCGGCGCCAGAGUGUGACGUGAGAAUCACGUGAACCUCCCAUUUCCCUCCCAGCUCGCCUUAUUCGUCUUCAGCCCAUCUUCGCCCUGGCGUCCACAGGAGCGUCACGGAGGACAGGUUUUCUGCUCUCCCCUCAGCACCAUUCCUCUCCUCGUGUUGUGGGUCAUAGGAAACACAGACAGGACUGACUGACUGACUGACCGACCGUGCUCAACUCGAACUGAAUGCUUUGAGUUGAAUCUGAGUUGAGCUGAGAUGAUUCGCUUUGUACGGUAUACUAAUCUGGGACACUCUAAUUGUAUUUCCUUUUUUUUUUUUCUCUUUUUUUUAUGCAGAUUUUGUUCUUUUUGAGGAAGUUUCCAUUUCUCCUCUGAGGUUGUGACUGAUGAGGCUUAGGAUUUCCAGUUUUGGGGAUUUUAGAGGAUGAUAUAAUGAAGGCUCCACAGAGACUUCGGGUCCAGAGAUUUUUAGAUUUUAAUUUUUGUGUUAAUACAUUCCAGAGAAUGAAGCAGACCUGUCCGUUGUCUCUUGUCCCUUUGAACUCCAGUGUUCCUCCAUGUCCAUCAUCGUCUCCUCCUUCAGGUUCUUAUGCUGGCUGUGUUAUAGGAUGAUGUUAAAGGAUGUUUAAACUCCUGGAUUGGGUCGUCACAUCAAUCAUACAGACUACAGUCAUAACCAUUUCCAUUACUGUUGCAGGAUUGUAUGGCUGAUUUAUUUAAAGGAAAGGUUUGGCAGAAAAAAAAGCAUCCCAAUUUCCAUUUUUCCAUUCCAUUUUUUAAACGUUAGUGGUGUGUUGGAGCUAUCAUUUAUUCGCAUUUAUUUGCAGAAAAUGAGAAAUGGCUGAAAUAAAAAAAAGAUACAGAGAUUUCAGACUUUAAAUAAGGCAAAGAUAACAGAAAAGAUCAUAUUCAUAAAGUUUUAAGAGUUUAGAAAUCAAUAUUUGGUCGAAUAAUCCUGGAGUUUAUUCACAGUUUUUUUCAUGCAUCUUGGCAUCAUGUUCUCCUCCACCAGUCUUACACACUGCUUUUGGAUAACUUUAUGCUGCUUUACUCCUGGUGCAGAAAUUCAAGCAGUUCAGUUUGGUGGUUUGAUGGCUUGUGAUCAUCCAUCUUCCUCUUGAUUAUAUUCCAGAGUUUUUUUAAUUUGGCAAAAUCAAAGAAUCUCAGCAUUAAACAUCCCCUAAAUCAGGCUAAAUCUGAGAAAAAUAUGUAACAAUUAAUUUUUGCUGCUCAAACCAUUCCUUUAAAGUACCCUUCUAUUAACACAUUGCUAUCAACAUGUGAACUUACCUGAACUUUUUUUUUGGCGGCUUGAUUUGUAAAUAACCCACUUUUAUUUUGUAGGCUGCUUGGCGUAAGUUAUUACCCACUCUAUGGAAGGUAUUUUUAUAUCUUGAAGAAAAGGGGCACCCCUUGUGUUUGCAUCAUGCACAGAUAUAGAAAGUCAACAUUUAUUAAUAUGUAUUGAAGCUAACAGUCCCAUUGCCACAAAUAUGCACAACUGAAUGAUCUGAAUGUUUGUGGCUGGUUUAAUAAUUUGUUUUUUAAUGAAUGAUUGUUGGAUUAUGGUGGAUUUGUGCAGGAGACUGUGUCUGGGAUUGGAGGCGGCCUCAGUGGAAAGGAGCUUCAUCUAAAUAAAGAGAAGUACAAAAUC